GAGCCAGUGGGCCAAAUAUAGCGGUGCCGGGUGAGCAGUCAGAGCUCAGGACAGGUGGGACGGCAGGCCACCCUCAGCCACUGCGCAGCACGCUAACCAGCUCGCUGUAAAAGCUUGACUACAGAAAACAGGAGAGAGAGAGAGAGGGAGAAAAAAAAAACCCAAGACAUAAUCACUUGUGGGGGUAAAUCCUCUGUUUUACCUGACUGAUAGACGUUAACUUCAGAAAAACUGGACUCAGACAAAGUGGGACAGAAGUUUGUGGAAAAAUACUUGAAGGAUGCAGGAUGGGAGCUGGAAUGACACACUCCCCCGCUCAGUGCUUCUAAAGGAAGCGUGUCCUCCAGGGGGUGUGUCUCAGGAUGGGGAUAGGGGCAUGUUUUUGGAGGCAUCCUCAGAUGGCAAAGUUUACCUGGCGGAGUUCGAGGGAGGAGAUGGGGACUUUCUGGAACUCUCUGCCUUCCUAAAUCAGGAUGAGAUUAACCGCAGUCUGGACCUGGCUUGGGAGGCUAUGAGUGAUGCAGGUGAUCCCUGUGGUGUCUCUGAUAUGCCACUUCCUGACUCUUUACCCAAAGAAUUUGAGCCAGCACUCCACUCCCCACCCUCUCCCGUAAACUCCACCCCUCAGCAUUUAACCGCAACAGAGAAUCAACCUCUUCAUUUGCAAACCAAAGGCACCACACUACAGAAUACCGCUGCAAUGGCAUCAUCGAAUCCAGCAGAAGCUACACCUGUCAAGGUUACAUCCAGUCAGAGCGUUCAGCUCAACAGACCCACUCAGGCCCGUACAGGCUCUGAACCCCCAGCAAACCACAAGUCUAGCAUGCCUGUGUACAAGCAGGAGCGUCCUCGGUUGGUCCAUGGAGGUCUGGAGGUCAAUGAGCGAGCUGCCUCUACCACUGAGUUCUGCAGCCGAGCUGCCACCUUCAUUGAGGAGCUCUCCUCUAUUUUUAAAGGGUCUAGCCGCUUUGAUCACCAGGAAGAUGAUGACUCCUCCUCACCUGACAGUGGCUAUCUGUCCCCAAAGAGCCAUAAACUGGCAAUGCAGCAGGCUCAGUCCUCUUCAUCAUCUGCAUCCUUUUCUCCAGGGGUGCAGCAAGGAGCUGCUCUUGAAGGCAAGCCAGAGAUGGAGUCGGAAAUAGAUGGGAAUGAGCAUCAGGUUGGUGAGAUCAGUAUGGAUGGGUCAAUGGCUCCUCCUCGGUUCACCCAAAAGCUGAAGAGCCAAGAGGUAGCAGAGGGGAGUCCCAUUACUCUAGAAUGCAGGGUGAUAGGGAACCCCCAGCCAUUGGUCAGGUGGUUCUGUGAGGGGAGGGAGCUGCACCACUGUCCUGAUAUUCAGAUUUGGCAGGAUGAUGACCUGCACACGCUGGUGAUUGCCGAGGCUUUUGAGGACGACACAGGCAGGUACACCUGCGUAGCCUCCAACGCUUUGGGAGCAGACAACACCUCUGCCGAGGUCUACAUUGAGGGAGCUUCAUCUUCAGACUCAGAGGGGGAAGGAUCCGUGUCCAAAUCUAAGUCAGGAGCCAUGCCACAGGCUCAGAAGAAAACAGCGUCAGUGUCCUUGACCAUUCGCACGUCUUCACCAAAAAGCCCUGAUAAACCAUCCCUCCGCUCCACACUGCUCCAGCCACUGUCACAGAGAGUUCAGAGUCCUGUCUCUUCACAGUAUGCUGCUGAUGGACUUCUCUCAGCUCCCCCUACCUUCACCAAGUUGUUACAGGAUGCUCAGGCGUGUGAGGGGCAGUUGGUGGUUCUGGAAUGCAGGGUGAAAGGAAGCCCGCCGCUCCAGGUUCGGUGGUUCCGACAAGGUCACGAGAUCCAGGACUCUCCUGAUUUCCGCAUCCUUCAAAAAAAACCGAGAUCUACAGCAGAGCCUGAGGAGAUCUGCACUCUGGUGAUAGCAGAAGUUUUCCCUGAAGACGGAGGCCUGUUCUGCUGCAGUGCUACAAACCAAUACGGCUCCAUCAGCUGCAGCGCCCAGCUCACCAUCAUGCCAGGGUCUGAGGAGUCGUCCAGAAAUGGCGUACCCACAGACGAAAGCAUCUUCGAGGACAAUCGAUCGUUCCCGCCCCCUCCCCCACCCACUGAAAUCAGCCUCCUGGAGCUCCCACCCAAAACUCCACCCAGUGCUGAGGCCUUCCAAAUAAACGAGCUAGACAUUUGGCCUAGUGUCCAGGCUGCCGUAGAUGUUGAGCAACAAUCAAACAGAGCUUUUUCCAGCAGCAAUACCCCAAGUCCCCAAUCAGCAGUGAGUAUGAAGGAGAUUCCAACCCCUCUUGGAGAAGCUGCACUUCCUCCAUCACCAUCUCCAGCUAGAGAGGGACCCCCUGUUCCCAUCAAGCCCAAACCCAGACUGAACGCAGAACAACUGAAGCAGCUCCACGAUCAGGUCCUACUAGAGCAGCAGGAAGCGGUUAAGUGGCAGCAAUUCCAGCAGCAACAGCCUGAGCAAAAAGCCCCUCCCCUUCCUCAGCAGCAGCCACCCCAGGACGUCCCGCCUCUAUCUCCGCCCCUUCCCCCUCCUCCCUCCUUCCAGGAGCUGGAGUGCAGCACCAUGCAGACGAGCACGUUCAACUAUGCUCGGCCAAAGCAGUUCAUCGCUGCCCAAUCUCCCAGCAGCCCCAGCGGUGGCUCGGUGAGCUACUCCACCCAGUCCUCCACCUCCUCAGGCUCCAGCCUGGUGUCGCCGCUCUCGCCCUCCGCUACCCACAAGCCAUUUGGCCGUGUCAUCCUGCCGCCUUUCCAGCCGUUGCCUAAAGGAGGCAGCGUGGAGUCACCAGGCUCGCCUUCGUUCCCUCCUCCUCCUCCACCCUUCCUCAGCUCCAGCACGGUCACUUCUCCUUGUGACCCACCGCAGGACUUUCCCCCACCGCCACCUCCACCGCCGCCUCCUGUCACCCCAAGUCCUACCCGCUCUGACAGCUCAUCCCCUUUCACAUCUAAGCCCCAAUCACCUGCUGGGUUUUUGGUGUCAGUGCUGCCGGCCACACCCUCUGCACCACCUGUCAAUGCACUGGGGCUGCCCAAAGGAAACGGCACAGUCGGGUUCCUGCGUAAGAACACCCGCACGCCUCGGCUCGUGAGCGACUCCGAGAUCCAAGACUCGAAAGAUGCCGUCAUUCAGGACCUGGAGAGGAAGCUGCGCUUUAAAGAGGAACGCGUCAGCAACGGCCAGCAGAGGUUAACCUAUGAAGAGAAGAUGGCUCGCAGGCUUCUGGGGGCUGACAACGCAGCCACAGUGUUUAGCACUCAGCAAACCGAGGAGGAGCCCGUUACACAGGAAAGCAGUUCAGCCGAUUCAGAAUUUGUCCCUCAAAAGGAGUACAAGGUGUCGAGCUUUGAGCAGCGGCUGAUCAGCGAGAUCGAGUUUCGGCUGGAGCGCUCCCCAGUGGAGGAGAGUGACGAUGACGUCCAGCACGACGACGACCUGCCGGGAGACUGCGUGGCACCGUACUUCGAACACAAACUCAAACACUUCAAAGUGUUCGAGGGCAUGCCGGUCACCUUCAGCUGCAAGGUUAUCGCAGACCCUAAGCCAAAGGUGUACUGGUUCAAAGAUGGAAAACAGAUCUCAAAACGGAGCGAGCACUACCGCAUCAGUCGAGAACCGGAUGGGACGUGCACUCUGCACACAGCCGCUGCCUCUCUGGAUGAUGAUGGCAACUACACUGUCAUGGCGGGCAAUCCUGGGGGCAGGGUGAGCUGCACCGGCAGGAUGAUGGUGCAGGCAGUGAACCAGAGGGGGCGGAGCCAGCGCGCUACACCUGGCCACAUCCGCAGACCUCGCUCCAGAUCCAGGGAUGGUGGCGAGGAGAAUGAGAACAUUCAGGAGCGUCACUUCCGCCCCCAUUUCCUGCAGGCCCCAGGUGAUCUGAUCGUGCAGGAGGGGAGACUCUGUCGCAUGGACUGUAAGGUAAGUGGGUUACCCACGCCCGAUCUGAUCUGGCAGCUGAAUGGCCACACCAUCCGUCCAGAUUCCUCCCAUAAAAUGCUGGUGAGAGAGAAUGGAGUCCAUUCGCUGGUAAUCGAGCCUGUCACUAGCAGAGAUGCUGGAGUUUAUACAUGCAUUGCCAGCAACAGGGCCGGAGAGAACUCCUUCAACCUGGAGCUGAUUGUAGCUGCUAAAGAGAUGCACAAAGCUCCUUCCUUCAUUGACAAGCUCCAGAACACAAGUGUUGCCGAGGGUUACCCUGUGCGCAUGGAAUGCCGUGUGUCCGGAGUCCCGUUCCCGCAGAUUUUCUGGAAGAAAGAGAACGAGUCCAUCACUCACAACACAGACAGAAUCAGCAUGCACCAGGACAACUUUGGCUAUCUGUGCAUGAUUAUUCAGCCAGCAUUGAAGGAGGAUGCAGGCUGGUACACGGUAUCCGCCAAGAACGAAGCGGGCAUUGUCUCUACCACAGCACGACUCGAUGUUCACUAUCAAUAUCAGCAGACACACACCCCAAAGCCCAAGAAGGUGCGGCCUUCGACCAGCCGCUACGCCGCACUGACCGAGCGCGGUCUGGACGUGAAGGCAGCUUUCUUCCCAGACUCCAGCCCCUUUCCCCCUGGAACCCUGGUGGAGAGUGAUGAUCUGUAGAUGCUUACAUAGGCCUGACACUAUAAACCCUGACUCUAUGACCCUGGUGCCACUGUCCCAGAAACAGACACCAUCACGGCCAUACCAGGGGAACCUUAUCCUGUCGACUGUUCUCAGCUGUUUGAAGCUGAGCCGAAGAAAAAUGUAAAAAGAAAAAAAAAAAUUCAUGUUUUUCACAGAGAGAUUCCAGUUCACUACAAAUUUGGAAGAAUUGAUUUUGGUCCAUGUGAGAAGAUGGAAAGUAAGGAAGUGUGAUAGGCACUGAAGUGAGGUCAUAUCAAGUUUCUUUCAGACUGCACGCACACACACACACACACACGCACACAAAUUCACAUGAAGCUUAUUUGAGGGAGGGAGGUGCUAUACCAAUGAUCACCUUUUCUGCCAUAACUACAUAGUGCCUGAGUGAUGAUUAACCAAUUCGUUUGAAAUAAAGACGUAGCAUCUGGUUCUGCAUGUGUUGGUAUGGUGCCAGUGUGUAGUACAUAAUAGUCAGUGCCUUAGUCUCUAUUUGAGUUGCUGGAGAUGGGUUUAUUUUGUAGCAGAAAGACUUCUGGGUAAUGGGAUGGUGUUUCUAGAGAACUCUGAGCACAUUCAGAGUCUAAUAGUUAGGUUUCUAUUAGUGGCGUUCCCUAUUUGUAGCGAUCUUCUUUGUAUGUGAACCACAGCAGUCUGGGUGUAGAUCGCAUUACCACAGAUAUCCACCAAGUCUGGACGCCAUAGAUCUUGCACAAGGCCGGGCCUUAUUAUUAUUACUAUUAUUGUUGUCUUUCUCUAUCUUGUGUUUGGGCAUAGGGAAGUUGCUACAGGUGCUGAACUGGGUUAUAAGGUUUAAUGAUUUUCAGAAUGACAUCCUUGCGCUGUUUUUUCGUAGACAAGAG